AUGCUUUACCUGAAAAAGUACUUCACAGAGGGCCUGAUUCAGUUCACCAUCCUUCUGAGUCUCAUUGGGGUGCGGGUGGACGUUGACACCUAUCUAAGCAAUCAGCUGCCUCCACUGAGAGAGAUCAUCCUGGGCCCUAGCUCAGCCUACACCCAGACACAGUUUCACAACCUGCGCAACACGCUGGACGGCUAUGGCAUCCAUCCAAAGAGUGUGGACCUGGACCACUUCUUCACCACUCGGCGGCUGCUGAACCAGGUGCGACAGCUGGAUCGCCUCUCCGUGCCCAGUACCGAGCUCAACACCUGGCUAGUGCAUCGUGACUCGGAGACUGUGGUGUCCGCCAGCAGCCAGUCCAGCCCCAGCAUUACCCUGGACAAUGGGGCCGGCCUAGAGGACGUUAACAACCCUGACGCUACCCCGGCCAUGAGGGGAGGAAGUGGAGCAUCUGAAUCCACGUAUAACUUGAACGCAGCGGACGGCAGCCUGGGAGCCGUGGCCCCAGAGGGCAACCAGGAGCAGGAGAGCAGGGAUGGCAACGACGACCUCACCAAAGAGGACAUUGACUUGAUUGACAUCCUAUGGCGACAGGACAUCGACCUCGGCGCGGGAAGAGAAGUGUUCAACUACAGCAACCGUCAGAAGGAGAGCGAGGAGGAGAAGCAGCCCAGCCCAACGGAGAACAAAGACGGGAACGAGGAGCAGCAGCAGGAGAGCUGGAGGAAUGGAGUGAAUUUACAAGGAGCUCAGCCGGUAGACGGAGAGACGGGAGAGAGCAUCCCAGAGCAG